CCGCGCUCGCCCGCCUGCUCGCUCGCUUCCCGGCGCCGCUGCGGGUCGGUCGCCGCGCUUCCUGCCCGCCAGCCGCUCCGUGGCGCGCCGCCGGAGCAGCCGUCCCUCGGCCGGGACCCCGCUCGGGUCGGCAGUCGUGCGCGCCGGCGGACACCGCGCGGAGGGCGAGCCGGGGCCACACCUGUGGAGCCGGCGGGCGUCGGGCGUCCCGGCCGGGGUCCCGCCGCGGGCGUGCUCGGGGCUGCGGGCCUCCCGGGCGCUGGGGCAGGCGCGCCCCCCGGCUGGGCGACGCGGGCGCGAUGGGGCUCCCCGCGCUGGAAUUCAGCGACUGCUGCCUCGACAGCCCGCACUUCCGAGAGACGCUCAAGUCGCACGAAGCGGAGCUGGACAAGACCAACAAAUUCAUCAAGGAGCUCAUCAAGGACGGGAAGUCACUCAUCAGCGCGCUCAAGAAUUUGUCUUUGGCGAAGAGGAAAUUUGCCGAUUCCUUGAAUGAAUUUAAAUUUCAGUGCAUAGGAGAUGCAGAAACAGAUGAUGAAAUGUGUAUAGCAAGGUCUUUGCAAGAAUUUGCCACUGUUCUCAGGAAUCUUGAAGAUGAACGGAUACGGAUGAUUGAGAAUGCCAGCGAGGUGCUCAUCACUCCCUUGGAGAAGUUUCGAAAGGAGCAGAUUGGGGCUGCCAAGGAAGCCAAAAAGAAGUAUGACAAGGAGACAGAAAAGUAUUGUGGCAUCUUAGAAAAACACUUAAAUCUGUCUUCCAAGAAGAAAGAAUCUCAGCUUCAGGAGGCAGACAGCCAAGUGGACUUGGUCCGGCAGCAUUUCUAUGAAGUAUCCCUGGAGUAUGUCUUCAAGGUGCAAGAAGUCCAAGAGAGAAAGAUGUUUGAGUUCGUGGAGCCUCUACUCGCGUUCUUGCAAGGACUCUUCACUUUCUAUCACCAUGGUUAUGAACUGGCCAAGGAUUUCAGCGACUUCAAGACUGAGUUGACCAUUAGCAUACAGAAUACAAGAAACCGCUUCGAAGGCACCAGGUCAGAAGUGGAAUCACUGAUGAAAAAGAUGAAGGAAAAUCCCCUUGAGCACAAGACCAUCAGUCCCUACACCAUGGAAGGUUACCUGUAUGUUCAGGAGAAACGUCACUUUGGAACUUCUUGGGUGAAGCACUACUGUACAUAUCAACGGGAUUCCAAACAAAUCACCAUGGUACCAUUUGACCAGAAGUCAGGAGGAAAGGGGGGAGAAGAUGAAUCCGUCACCCUGAAAUCCUGCACACGGCGGAAAACAGACUCUAUCGAGAAGAGGUUUUGCUUUGACGUAGAAGCAGUAGAUAGGCCAGGGGUUAUCACCAUGCAGGCAUUGUCGGAAGAGGACCGGAGGCUCUGGAUGGAAGCCAUGGAUGGCCGGGAACCUGUGUACAAUUCGAACAAAGACAGUCAGAGCGAAGGGACUGCACAGUUGGACAGCAUUGGCUUCAGCAUAAUCAAGAAAUGCAUCCAUGCUGUGGAAACCAGAGGGAUCAAUGAGCAAGGGCUCUACCGAAUCGUGGGGGUCAAUUCCAGAGUGCAGAAGCUACUCAGUGUCCUGAUGGACCCCAAAACAGCUUCUGAAACAGAGACCGAUAUCUGUGCUGAAUGGGAGAUAAAGACCAUCACCAGUGCUUUGAAGACCUACCUAAGAAUGCUUCCAGGACCACUCAUGAUGUACCAGUUUCAAAGAAGUUUCAUCAAAGCAGCAAAGCUCGAAAACCAGGAAUCUCGGGUCUCUGAAAUCCACAGCCUUGUUCAUCGGCUUCCAGAGAAAAAUAGGCAGAUGUUACAGCUGCUCAUGAACCACUUGGCAAAUGUUGCUAACAACCACAAGCAGAAUUUGAUGACAGUGGCAAACCUUGGCGUGGUGUUUGGACCCACCCUGCUGCGUCCUCAGGAAGAAACAGUAGCAGCCAUCAUGGAUAUCAAGUUUCAGAACAUUGUUAUUGAGAUCCUAAUAGAAAAUCACGAAAAGAUAUUUAACACCGUGCCUGAUAUGCCUCUCACCAAUGCCCAGCUGCACCUGUCCCGGAAGAAGAGCAGUGACUCCAAACCACCUUCCUGCAGUGAGAGGCCUCUGACACUCUUCCACGCCAUGCAGUCAGCAGAGAAACAGGAACAAAGAAACAGCAUCAUCAAUUCCAGUUUGGAAUCUGUCGUCUCAUCAAAUGCAAAUAGCAUCCUUAAUUCCAGCAGCAGCUUACAGCCCAACAUGAACUCCAGUGACCCGGACCUGGAUGUGCUCAAACCUGCCCGGCCCAAAUCACUCCCCCCGAAUCCAAGCCCAACUUCACCCCUCUCGCCAUCUUGGCCCAUGUUCUCGGCGCCAUCCAGCCCUAUGCCCACCUCAUCCACGUCCAGCGACUCAUCCCCCAUCAGGUCUGUUGCAGGGUUUGUUUGGUUUUCUGUUGCUGCUGUUGCUCUCUCAUUGGCUUGGUCCUCUCUUCAUGCAGUGUUCAGCCUCCUCGUCAACUUUGUUCCCCGCCAUCCAAACCUGCACUUGCUUUUUGACAGGCCAGAAGAAGCAGUUCAUGAAGACUCCAGCACACCGUUCCGGAAGGCAAAAGCCUUAUAUGCCUGCAAAGCUGAACAUGACUCAGAACUCUCGUUCACAGCAGGCACGGUCUUCGACAAUGUUCAUCCAUCUCAGGAGCCCGGCUGGUUGGAGGGAACUCUGAACGGAAAGACUGGCCUCAUACCUGAGAACUACGUGGAGUUCCUCUAACUGUGGGCCCCAGCAGACCUGCUGAGCUUUCCAUGGUAUCCAUGACAACUGCUGAUUCCAGUGUUGCAGGCCAUUUCUCUUCGCCACUGAGAAAUGCAGGGUGACUGUGUUACCUGUCAACACGAAUGUUUCUAUGAACUCUGUGUCACCCAACCCCAUGAUCAUGUCAGCUGGCAUGUGGUGAUGCUGCAAGGAACAAAAGUGAAUCAGCAGUGGAAGCCAUUUGAUUUUGAUAACCAAAGGAAAGGCUUGCAAAGCCAUUCCUCUCAUUUAACGCCCAAAAUAGGGAGCAUUCAUUUUGUUUCAGCAGUCAUCCAAACCCCAACCUUCCAAAAAAGGAAGUAAGAAAGAUGUAAGUAGUCCUCAAGAGCAUGCAGUGUAGUCUAACACAAGAGGAGAUAAGUUGUAACAAGGUAGGCUGGGCAUUGGCUCUGAGGCCCAGGCUGGGCCCGUUGCUUCUGUUUACAGUAGAUACUCUCUCUACCCCACUUCUAAAUACUUGAGACCCUCAGUGCUAUAUAGGCAACUGGGUCUGUCUGUUUGCAUGCAGGAGGAAGAGGGGUUAUGGCACUGUUUACAUAAGAUGCAAUCUCUCACCAUCUCCUAGCAGCCUUGGCCAAGCAUCAGCAGAAUUCAGCUCCAUCCUCUCGUGCAAGAGAACACACACACCCCACAUUCCCCCUCCCAAGCUAGGAACUUCUCUGCCACUGAGGGCUGCCAUCACCUCGUAACCACGGCAACCCAACCUACUCUGAAACCAAACCAAAAAAAUAACAGUCUUUCUGCAUGACAUAUUUUUUUCUCCCCCCUUUUUGGUCAUUUUUUUAAUGAUUUUCCAAAAACCUUAAGCAGAAAGUCAAGGAAUGAAAGUGGUCUGCUUGGGGCCGACAGAAUAGCGGCUGGAAACUGUUCCCUUUCUGAUGAAUUUCAGCAGCAUCAGGAUAUAUUUGGAGCAAACUCUAGUAACCUCUUGAGAUUAAAUUACAUACAGGCUUAGUAUUUCUGUUCUUUAUGCAAUGGUGUUUGUUCAGUACGCUGCCUCCCCGUGGGUGACUUGCUCACUCAUGGUCUCUCAUUCCGUGCCCCUUCCCUGUCCCUGCCUGCCUCGAGCCCCUCACUGACCAGCCCCAUUGGCAGUGUGCUGGGCUGCUGAGCACUAGUGCCCUGGUGGCUUUCAAGGAUGAUUCCCAGGCUAACCCUAUGGUCUGUAGUUUUAAAGGACAUAUAUGUUCACUGCCACUCAGAAAAAGGGAAUUGGAAUUGUUUCUCAGGCUUUUGAGGCACAAGACUAAUAUUGUAAGCCAUUAUGAUUCAGGAGAACACCAAAAGGUUGGGGCAUGGAAGGUGGAAUGAGUACCUUCUGAGAAAGAGAAUUUCCUGGUCCAGAAGGGGCUGGGUCUUAUAGAAGACUACCAGGUAUGGGGAAGUUGGGCCUGGACAUUUCACAUGCACUUGACCUUCAGAGGAACAGAGUUCCCAGUAUCUUCCACAUUCAAAUGUCCUUGCAAGAGUGACUCUGGGCAGACAGACUCCAAAAUGAUGGACUGUCAAGCUCCCCAAGAGCCUCUCAGGAUGGCAGGGUCGCUCCAGAGUAUUUCCUGCUUCUGGAAUUCCUCUUUAGGGAAGUUUAAAGAAGAAAAGAAAAACUUGAAUUGUGUUGAAUUACUGUAUCUUUUACUUUUUUUUUUUUGAAAAGAUAAACUUGUAAAUAGAGUGAUUUGAAAUAUUAUAUAGCAAAGUUUUAUAUUUGAUAAUCUUUAAGCUAGUUGCUCCAUACAUUUAAGCUUUGAUUGUUGAGUAGGUGUGUUUAAGAGGGAGACAGAAAGGAGGCAGGGUUGAACAGUCAAGGUCAUCCCCUCUCUGGCCUGGAGGAAGGAAGACACAUUUCUACACACUCUCUGCUGGCUCUCAUGGGUGGACAUGACACACUGAUGGUCUUCAGUCUUCUUUAUCCACAUGUGUUUUUUAGCUUUUCUUGGGCUUUGAAUUUGAAGAAAGAAAGCAUUUUCAGGCAAUGAAUUUUUCAAAGAACUCUUGCUCAGUAGUAAGACUAAAGCUCAGGAUUCACAUAGGUGGGGCCAGGAGUUAGAUUUUUUUUUCAUUUUUCUUCUCAGGUGUAUUUCUUGGUACCCCAAGAUGUCAGGACAGAAGACAAUGGGAUAGUUGCAUGUUCUUCUAUCUCACUCCUCUGCGCAUCUUCCAAGGCUGUAUACAUGAGGCCAAGCUAUUUUGUAAAUGUUGUGUGUGUAUAAGUUCUAGAAAAAAACUGGCUUCUUAGGAUUUGGGGUCCUUGGUAUGCUGCUGCUUGUUCUUUCCCUAAAUAUUUCCCUUCUUGUUCAUCUCAAAUUUCCUAUAACCCCAAAAUAAAACUCCAAAGAGGGAUGUAGGUUGUGCUGUUAGAGCCUUAUAGAUGGUUUUAAAUUUAAAGGAGUUUGCUGUUGUGAUUCGGUUCAUCAGCUCAAGGAUUACACAGCUGUUAUGCAGUUUAACAGCAGCAAGCAGGACACUACCACUACCAAUUCAGGGAAUGAGAAUUAAGACUGGACGAGACCAAGAUAGGACCCAGGAAAGCUAUUACUGAGAAUCCAAGAAGGAAGAGAACACACAAACCAGCUACACUUACUCCCUGUAGACUUUGAACAGCUUCGGAACCUGUUCAGUGAGGCUCGAGGGGACAAGCAUGCUCUGUGGCACCGUGCUUUCUAAAUGACAAGAACUCCACAUGUUGUUGUUUUAAUACCUAUGACGUUUUAAAUUGUCACCUGCCUUGCUGGUACCUUGAGUAGAGCUAAUGUAGAGGAGCAGAAGGCCCAGGCCCACAUUUUGCGAGCUCCUCCCUGAAGCAUAGCUAUCGGCACUUAGCCCCAGCUUGACCACUUGGAAGCCUGUCCCUCCCUCCUCAAUUGGCCCUGAUUUGAAGCCAGAGGGAAAGAGAGCUGCUGCCAACGUGAAUUUUUAGGUAGUAGACCCCUUCCCAGCUUCCCUGUGGCCAUGCUGGGCCUGUGACAGAUGGCUGCUCUGCUUCCUUUUCCCAGCCAGGCUCACCUCCUCAUCAUUUGCUGCAGAACUGGAGAAACCAUGAAGGAUGUGAGUCAACAAAGGGAAGGAAUUUGAAGACUAACAAUAGGUUUUACCCUGGCUACCAUCUAUGUUCCCCACCCCUAAUCCUGCUUGCAUAGGGAACUUUAGGGCAGAUUAGGAGAAUGGACUACGUGUCAGAAUAGAAGACUAUGGACCAAGAUCCCUGAGCUUUCCUAGGAACCUUGUGUUUCUCUUGUAGGGCCCUGGGAUCAUGCACUCAGGGUCUGAAUCUUUAUCUUGGGCAUUAUGAUCAUCUCUCAUUCCUCCUUCAGGUACUCAAAGGAUUCCAUAGCUAUAGAAUUCCAUGCUGUGAAAGAUAACUUCAAACCCCUGCCCCCAAGCAAGUAAACUGCUCAAGACUGAUGAUACUGUCUUCUGUUUUCAAAAGUCAGUGUGUAGGGAUGGACCGUGUAUAGCACAGCCUUCCUUAGUAUCCUAUAAUUUGGAGCCAGUUUCUUGCUUAGUGUUUUAAUAUUUCUACAGCCAAUACGUGUUUACUUCUGUCAGACCAAACUGUCUUUUUUAAUGUAAUUCUAGUUCGGCUCCUUUUGCUGAGUCCUUUUUUGGACGGAGAGGCAAAGAGGAAAAAAGAAUAAGCAAUUGAGUAUUGGCAGAUUGGCUUUAUCAGGACAGAGCCAUACUAGUGACAAGAACAUUUCAGGCAUUUCCAGGACUCCAUGGCUAUGUGUGCCACGCCUAUAGCUCAGAGGGAAGUCCUUCUCUCCUGACAACAGCAAGCUUAGUCACCCCAGAGGUUCUGUCUUGAGCUACAGAGACUGCAGAGGCAUCCGUGGUUAAAGGGUAGGGAGACAAAUAAUCAACUAAAGGUAAUGAGAUCUCCUAUUCAUACCUGUUUAUUGGCACCUUUCAUCCUCUGGCUUCUGUUUCCAAAAGCAAGUCUGGACCAACAGUUUUAUAGACACAGGAGUCCCGGGUACAAGAGUGGCCACCAUGGCACUUAUAGUUUUCCCUAGUAAAGAAUGUUUUAUGAGCAACCAUAUUACCAAAGUAGAUAGCCAGCCUUGAAGAAACCAAAUAGCUACCUGACUUUAGAAGGAAUGUCCUAGUAUUCUAUCCCCAGAGUUAUCUAUCAUCUCUGGAAAACUUGACAGUAAUCAAUUACCUAGACAACCCUGCCCCACAUGUCUUUUAAGUCAACUGGGUGUCCUCUCACACACCCUUAGCUGGCGUUUAAAAAAUUUAUCUCGUGUUCAGAUGUGUCUGGCAACCACGCUGCUCGGCUGGGUGCUGAGCCACUUCUCUGUAAUUGUAGCAUCAAAAUGACAACAGUAGAGCAAUGAUCCUUGCACAAUCCUACAGCAUGCCUGAGACAAGACUCCAACAAGUAAUAAUUAGCUUUUUUCCUUUCAUCGCCUACAGUACUCAUCUAACUAAAGAACUUCACAAAGUAGAGGGAGAGACCAUACAGAGAAUUCAGAUGUCAUUCAGAGCCACCAGCCCUUGCUGAAAUGUGGUCAUCUUUUGGAAGCCCUUGUAUUGGGGGGUGAAAAGUAUUGGAUGUGUAGCAGUGCGAGGAGUAGAGGGAAGAGACAGGUGAACCACACCGAACAACUGGGAUUGUCUUUUUAAGAGGGACGAAUAUAGUUCUUAACAGGAAAAUCAGUCACACAGAAAAAGUUCACAACUAGUAUUUUUACAAAAGUUUUUACAGGACUCUACAAGAUUGAAACAUCCUUCAAGGUGGAAUGCUGUAGCGAGCAAAGACUUGGCACAGUCCUAGACCCAUAUAAGAGUAGCAGUUACUAUGACAUGAAAAUUGUUUUGAGUGUGAUCAGAACCAGAAUGUCAGUAAUCACCAUGUCAGAUUUACCUGGAGUGGUCCUGGAGAGGUCAAGACAUUCUGCAUGUGCCAUUUCUACAGAGUUGUCCCAACAGACCCCUAUCAGCAACUACCCUGGGAAUCCAGGUGCCGGGAUCACCCUUGUACCUGUGGGAAGAGGUUGAUCUGAUGAUUCUAAAGUAUCUGUGUAUUAGUGUGUGUUUGUGUAUGUGUAUGUGAAGCACACAUCUACAUGUGUAAAGAUACAGACUCUUAUAUAGAGACCCACAGAAGCUGGCAGCUGCUGAGCCUUUGCAGCCUUUAAGAUUUAGAAGUUAGAGAAACAAGCUGUUGAUUAUCAAAAUGAUCAAAGAUGUAAAUUAAGUGCCAUUUUAAAAUGUAUUUAUCAUACUGUUUCUAUCUACAGCUGUAUUCCUUAUUAACUUAUUAAAAGUCAUGUUGAGAAACAUCAAACUCAUAAACCUUUAGUAGCGACUACGAGGCUAGUGGUCACAGGCACUCUAAAAGACAUUCUGUCCCUAUUUUGGAGAAGAAAAUAUUUGCAUGUUUAACUCCUAAUUUAGGCUUUGAGUAUACUGUAAAAGUGCUGUGUGAUAUAUUAUCAAUAAAGUACUCAAAAAUGGCACUUUAAUUUCUUAAAAACCAUAAAUUAUGCACUGUUUUAAACUUCAGUAUUGAAUAUUGACUGGUGUGUGGAAUCCAAUUCUGUAAUUAAAAAAUAAUUUGUGACUAGAAUAGAACUUUUUCCCUGUUAUUAGUAAAAUAGUCUUGCCAUGUUGAGACUUUAAAAAAAAUUAAAAUUAAAAAAAAAGUGCUUUUGUGUCACUAAACAUACCUAUAAGGAAAAUACCAUUUCUGUUGAGUGGCCUCUAAAACUUGGCUUUCUUUCAUUUGCUUGGUUUAUGUGACAAUCCUUAUGAAACGAGUGGAAGUAUGACUUUUGAAUUAAAUGACUUUUCCAUUUGGUG